ACCAUCGCGAAGACGUUGAUGGGUUUACCUUCCAGCAGGCAAAAAUUUUCUUGCAUUCACAAAUUAUUUCUCCAUAAGCUCUUUUUUUUCUCUUUUAGAGUGAGAGUCGUGCUAUCGCGAGAGUCUCUCGUGCUCACGUUUAAUUCGUUGGUAAAAAGAGAAAGAAGUUUUUAAUACAAAAUCUUCCAACUAUCCAUUCAGUUCAUGUGUGAACGUCGGUUGGAAAGGUAACAAGAGACUCUCUUCUGUGGGAAAUCUGCAGAUUACUCCAUCUUCCAAACUAAUUGGUGUUCAGCAUCUUUUGCAUUUCCGUAUCUUGGCACUCACCACACACAGAAAAAAAAAUUGAGUUGUCAUUUUGUGGAGUAAAAGAAGAAAGUGACUGUCUGUGAAUAUUUGUGUGGUACAUGCAAUACCAAUUUUUUUUGCUGUGAUAAAAAUAUUUUUUCUUUAUGGUACAAAGUGCAAGUGGUUCUUCUGGAAUACAAAACAUGACUUUAAUUACCAGGCUAAUUAUUUUAUGUUGCUGCAUGAUAGCAUCGUCAACACCACAACCUCUUGGACCAUCUUCUCCAAAUACACCGAAUCAGGCAUCGAGAAGACAAUUAACACCUGUCCAGCAAACACAUAUCCUUUCGGAUAUUCAACAGCACCAGCAUCGCUUUAAUAUUCCCCAGAGUCCGAGUAUUCCAGGAAAGACAACCUUCUUCCAGCAACCAUCAAUUUCUGUUGCUUUCCCCCCUCAAACGGCUUUCGUGCAAAAUCGACAAGUUAAUGGGGGUCAGGGAAACCAAUUUCUCCUUGCACAGCAACAAUCACAGAACACAUAUAGGAGUAUUCUGCCAACAAGACAAGUAAAUUCUAUACACCAGCACCAUACACAGACCAAUUUUGUACCAAAUUUCCAAACACAAACAUUGCGACAGGCUGUGCCACCACAGAAUCAAUUUCAGCGCAGCGUACAGAAUCAGGUGCAUCAAUCAUUACCAUUUGGAAAUGUGCGUUUCCCAUCGAAUCAGUAUCAAAUUCAAAUUUCACCUACACUUGGCCAACAAUUACCAACUCUCACGUCAUUACAGAGUCAAGGAGGAUUUGCACAACCCCAAAUUCCCGGGAAUCCCGAUCAAUUGCUGCUGCAGCCACAAUUUCCACCACUUGUCGAUCAACAGCAACUACUCACGCAGCAACAGAAUAUUCAAUUCCCCGUGCAACAGGGUAUCCCCAAUCAACAGGAACUCCUCAAUCAACAGCCAUUACCUCAGCAAACGCUACCACUUGGAAGCUUCCAGCAACUCCCAUUGCUGCAGCAGGAGCAAGUUUUCCGGGAUUUGCGUACAGACGAAGAGCGUCUGCGUGACCUAAGGGAACGUGAACGACUCAUUCAGAAGCAAGAGCAAUUUGUGCAGAAGCACUACCAGAAGCAACAAGCAAAGGCACAGAGGCUCCAUCAGGAAUUCCUACAGACACAGCAACAAAUUAAAUUGCAAUCAUUGCACAAAGCGAAACAACAAACUCUUCCACCCCAUCUUACACCACGAUACUCCAAUAGCCGUACAAUUGCUCCCCAUGAACAUGAUACAUUUCAGAAAGCUCUGAAGGAGUACCAUGAACUUCAUCCAACAACACCCACAACGUCCGCAGCUACGGAAUCAUCGACAGUUGCAUUUUUACCCACAACCACCAAAAGGAGUAAAAAUAGGUCAGAAAUUACAAUAUCAACGCCGGAACAAUUGGAGCAAUUGCUACAGGGUCAGAGGAUUUUUACACAACAAAAAUCAUCGGUGAAGGCCAAGAGUAAGGCAAAAGUUGGCAAAGGAUUGGGUCGAGAUGAUCUCAUAAGGCAAUUGAAGUUAGCCCUUGCGGAGCAACCACAGGAUUUACCACAGGGAAAGAACUACACAUCAAUGGAUCUGGUGCUGCCGGAUGGACAGAAGGUUCAAGUGAUAAGAACGACAGAUCCGAAUCUUAUUAAAAAUGCCACACCACUUGCAGAUGGGGAGUCAAUCCUCACGCAACUUGCAAGUUCCCCACAAGCACCUGUUAAUGUUUAUGAUGCAUUAGCUAAAGGUGGUGUCCUCCCGCCUGGGGCAAAUUUUGAAGUAAUCAAACAAAAUUCUGAUGGAAAUUUGGAAGAAGUGGCUCAGCUGCCACCGCAGAAGAAGGUCACAUUUGUCUACCUCGAGGAGCAACAAGAUGGAACUUACAAAGUACAGGGUGUAAAGGGAAAUGGUGACAAGGAACCCCAUACGUCGGGGACUGAAGUUGAAAAUAUAAUUGAAAAGAUUAAAAAGGGUGAAAUUCAAUUGCCACCACCAUCAAAUAAAGUUCAAUACCAACCACCUCCAAAAGAAGAAGUAUCUACCACGGAGGCUCCAGUGAGAAGCUCCUCUGCACCAGUUAGCCCAACAUUCUCUUCAACAUCUUCAUACGACGACACGGCAUAUGUUUCAUCGCCCCGUGCAACAUCAUCAAGGAGUACGUACGUUAAUCCUGUAUCUGUUUCACCAUAUUCCACAAUUGCAACCCCAAGUAGUGAGAAUAGUGUAUACUACACGGGAGCACCCAGUAUUAGGGUGCAUAGCACAACACCAGCACCCUACAGAUCAACUACAUUCACCCCAGAAGCUGCUCCACUUGUUGAAACAACAAUCUCGGCAACUGAACAAGUAACAACAACAUCAAAUGUUGGUACAACGACAAAUACGGAAGAAAUGGAAUUGUCGACAAUCCUCAAGAAUAGUGGUUUGCAUGCCAUGGCGAAGUAUCUAAAGCAAUCGGGUCUCGAUACGAUUCUCAAUGAAACAGGACCCUAUACUAUCUUUGCACCAACGGAUAAAGCUUUCAAGAAUCUCCUAGUUCAACUUGGUGGCCCGGAAAAGGCUGAAGAAAAAUUCCGUAAUAAUCCUCGUCUUCUUAGUGGGCUUCUUCUGCAUCAUGUAAUCCCGGGAUCCUUUGAGAUAGCCAGUCUUCAGGAUGAAAUGACAGGAGUAUCAUUGGCAGGGACACAACUUAGGGUGAAUCAGUAUAAAUUGCAUGAUGCUGAGUGGAAUGAUGUGAAGGUUACAACAAUAAAUGGUGCUAUGGUGGUGCCAGAUAAACAGGAUAUCACCAUACCACAGGGUGUUACACAAGGUCUCGAUAGAGUGAUGUUCCCACUUCCUGUUGGAGAUCUCUUGCAAACCCUUCAAUCAGAUCGUGAAAGGAGAUUCACAACCUUCCUACGUGCUGUAUUUGCUGCAGAUCUUUCGGAGAUUCUUCAAAUGAAGGGAUCUAAAACGUAUACAGUCUUUGCCCCAACUGAUGAUGCUUUUGCCAAAUUGACCACUGAAGAAGUCAAUAGUAUGGUAACGGAUAGGGAACGUGCGAGAACCCUCGUGACGAAUCACAUAUCACCGGGUACACUGUAUUCAGCUGGAAUGAGAUUCUAUCAAAUUCGAGAGUCCAUGUCCACGGGAAAGCCAAUUACAUUGCAGAAGAAUACGGGGAAAAUUAAGAUAAAUGAUGGACAUAUUGUUACAUCAAAUAUUCCCGCAACUAAUGGUGUAAUUCAUGCUGUAGAUAUACUCCUGUAGAGGCAUUUAAAUCCAUUAGGAUCCCUUUGACUUUAAUAAAAAUAAAAAUAAUGUUGUAUGUAUUUCCCAUCCCGAAGACAACAAAACAUCCUCAUUGGUAAUGUCUCGCCAAAUUUUAGAGAAAAAAAAACAGAAAUUUUCCUUCCAAACAACAUAAUUUGAGAUGAGCUUCUUAAAGCGCCAUCAUUUAGUUAAUAAAUAGACUCGUAUUAAUAAGAUUUUUUUACCUAAAUUAUUUUUUAAUAAGAAAAAAAAAACAUUAUUGCCUCUUACAAAAACAUAAUGCGCAUAUGUUGUUAAUUCUUUUGUACAGUAUUUCCUAAUAAAUUGAUUGUUUUAACAAAAA